UCUUGCACUCUUGCCUCCAGACCCAACAGAGCCUGUGCCCUGCUCCAGAACAAGGGAAGGGGAUCGAGAGUGAGCAAAGGAGAGUGCCAUGGCUGAGUCAACUAACUUGAGGCUUCGCCUGCCGCUCAUAUGCAUCAUUUUGGAAGUCAUCCUCAUCAUUCUCUUUGGAGUACUGGUGGAGUACAACGAUGAUACCGAUGCCAAGAAGUGGAAUAAAAACAAUUCUACUGAUCCUGCCACGAAUGAGUUCUACUAUCGCUAUCCCAGCUUUCAGGAUGUUCAUGUGAUGAUCUUUGUGGGCUUCGGGUUCCUGAUGACAUUUCUGCAGCGUUAUGGAUUCAGUAGCAUGGGAUUUAACUUUCUCAUCGCAGCCUUUUCCCUUCAGUGGGCAACACUUAUGCAGGGGUUUUUCCAUGGCAUGCACCAUGGCAAGAUCCACGUUGGCGUGACAAGCAUGAUAAACGCAGACUUCUGUACUGGUGCUGUGUUGAUCUCUUUUGGCGCGGUUUUGGGGAAGACCAGUCCUGUGCAGCUUCUUGUGAUGGCUAUUUUGGAGGUGACAUUGUUUGCUGUUAAUGAGUACAUCCUGCUUUCCAUCCUUGGGGCCAAUGAUGCUGGAGGAUCCAUGACUAUUCAUACAUUUGGUGCAUACUUUGGCCUAAUGGUGACCCGUAUCCUGCACAGACCAAACCUGGACAAGAGCAAACACAAAAACUCAUCCGUCUACCACUCUGACCUCUUCGCCAUGAUCGGUACUAUCUUUCUGUGGAUGUUCUGGCCCAGCUUCAACUCAGCCAUUACGCAGUACGGGGACCCACAACACAGAACUGCCGCGAACACUUACUACUCUCUGGCUGCCUGCACACUAGCGACAUUCGGGUUCUCUUCUCUAGUCAAUCCAGAGGGCAAACUGGACAUGGUGCACAUCCAGAAUGCCGCACUGGCUGGCGGUGUUGCAGUGGGUACGGCUGGAGAGAUGAUGCUGACUCCGUUUGGCUCCAUGAUUGUAGGAUUCCUAGCUGGAACUAUUUCAGUUCUAGGAUACAAAUAUCUUACGCCAUUUAUGGAGUCAAAACUGAAGAUUCAGGACACUUGUGGUAUUCAUAACCUGCAUGGAAUGCCAGGAAUACUGGGAGCUAUAGUGGGUGCUGUCACUGCUGCCUUGGCAUCCAGGGAUGUGUAUGGAAAUGGACUGGACAAAGUUUUCCUUGAAGCUGCUGAUAAUUCUCAAUGGAGCGCUCAAACAAAGGGUGGCUUUCAGGCCAUUUCCUUGGCUGUUACACUGGGAAUAGCUCUGAUCGGUGGUUUGAUUACAGGCUUUUUACUGAAGCUGCCGAUCUAUGGUACUCCUCCAGACACGCAGUGCUUUGAGGAUGCAGUCUACUGGGAGGUGCCAGGUGAGGAGGAAGAUCACCAUGAGCUAAACGAAGUGAGCACGCAAAACGAGGUGGAGAAACUCAACAGCUAAAUGACCUGCUUUCUGACCUGUUUGCAUUUGCUCAUUACGUCAUGUGUUUUACUUCAUACACUAUAAAAAAUGCAGGGUUCCACACACAAAUCGAUCAAGUUAACUUCACCAUUUUAAGUGGAUUGAACAUAAAGCAAUUAGGUUGUCCCCAAAAGAAGAACUCAACAUUUUUUUCAGCUUAUUUUAAGUAAGUAGUUUGAACUGGAAUCUAAAUCUUUAUUUAGUAUAAAUGCAUAAAGUUCUGUCACUCGUGAAAUUCUGUGCAGGUGCUACUCAUGGUGCUUUUCAAAUAAAACCGCAACUAUUAUUAUCAAUAAGGUUUCAGGCCAAUAGCCAGGGGGGUUCAAAAGGUCCACCCCCCACUGACAAAGAUGCAAAGUGUGCCAUUGGUCCAGAAGUUUUGCCACUAUUUUCUCAUUUGUUCUAUUUUGGCUGCUUUGUCAUCAUAAAUUGUGGAAAUACUGUAACCCAGCAAAGUUUUUAAGGCCACACAGAAUGACAUAAGUGAAGUCAACUUUCACCAUUGACCUACUCUUGUUUAAUUUUACAAGUAGCCUAACUUUUAUUCUAAAUCUUGGACCUUAUUCUUGGAAGAAAAUAAAUGACCAAUGAAAAGAUCCAGAGCACCAAAAGCGGCCCAUAUCAAAGUCAAUUUUAAUACUAAUUAGGCUGUUGUUAUCCAUUAAUUUUUAAACUUUUAAGGCAGGCUAGAAAAAAACCGUGAAGCUCUACAUUAUGCUUUAAUUGUUUUUUAUUUACUGACUGAAAGCUGAAUGUGCUGGCCAGGUUAUUAUUUGCCUAAUAAAUGACAACAGGCUAAUUUUGUUUCUACACUGUAAAACCCAAAAAGUUAAAGUAACUCAAACCAUUUGAGGAAACCGAUUGCAACCAACCAUUUAAGUUCAAAAACUAAUCCUAAUGAGUACUGUGAUCCAUUUUAGUAAACAAUUCAAUUUGAGCACAGUAAAACCUAGUGAAAUAAGAGAACUCAAACCAUAUAAGUACUGUAAAACCCAAUAAGUUAAGGCAACUCAAACCAUUUGAGGAAACCAAUUUCUACAAAGUAUUUGAGUUAAAAAAACAAACCUAUAUGGUACUGUGAACUUAAUCCAUUUAGGUUGAAGUAAUGAGGUAUUUAAUUAACUUGUUACCUUCAAAAGAGUUCAAACUCUUUUCAAAUGAGUAGAAUUAACUUUCAGUUAAUUUUGAUUUAGCUACACUUAUUUCAUUUUUAUAAAGUUGACUGUUGGGUUUUACAGUGUAAUGAUUUAUGAUGUAGUGACUUUGUAUUUUAAAAAUAAGUUGUUGUUUUUUCUUUGUUUUUUCAUAUUUUCGGUACAUCAAAAAUUGAUCAUCCCAACAAGCUAAUUCAGCUAAAAUUAGUGCUUAAAAUGUCACUAAAUGGAGUAUUUAAUCCUCACAAUUAAAUAGAAAAUGAGGUGAAAACUGCAAAAAAAAAAAAAAAAAAAAGUCACAAUUUUGAGAACAAAGAACCAACCCUACGGGGUUGGAUUUGAUGUAAAUUUUUUACAAGGACUAUUUUUAAACGGACCUGCGUUUCCUUUUAACACCACAAGAUGGUGGCGCAGAGCUGCAACUGGUCAAGCUGAUAUUUGUGUAAAUGGCGAAAUACAGCUUAAAUACAGAAAGCAUCUUUUGAAUAUAGUUGCAGGCAGGGAGAAUGUAUGCAGAAAUGUUUUGUAUUCGUGUCACUUAGAAUGAAUGUGGAAUAUAGGAACCUGUUACAUUUAGUCAUUUAGCAGACGCAUUUUGUUCAUACAAAAAAGGAGGCAUUAAAGGGAUAGUUCACCCAAACAUUUUCAUCAAUUACUCUCCUUUCACUUCUUCCAAACCUGUUGGGCUUUUUCUACUGUUGAACACAAAGAAGAUAUUUUGAAGAAAGCUGUGACCAUUGAGAUCUGUUUUUUUCCCUAUAGGCUAUGGAUGUCACUGGUUGCGGGUUUUCAGCAUUCUUUAAGAUAUUAUUUUGUGUUCAACAGAAAAAAGACACUCAUAAAAGUCUAUAAUCCCUUAGCUUUGAGUAAAUACAUUUUCAUUUUUGGGUGCAAUUUAACGUGAAGUGCCAAUACACAUAAGAAGUGCUACUUACUGUAUACAAAAGGACUGGUAUUCUUAAAGAAAUAAGAGCUGAAGAUUUCCAAACGGUCGGAAUAUUUUUGUGCUCAAUAUAAAAAAAAAAGUGAGAAUAUUUUAACAAUUUCUACAGUCACAUUUUAUCUCAGUGUUUUUGGAUCUCACACACAAACACACACUGUGAAUAUAAUGCAUUUAUGAACACGUUUUAAGUGGAAAUAUGUUAGUUUUGGAUUGGGAGGGGUGUGAUUAAACGAUGUACAUUAAAUGUACAUAGUUACAUGUUUAUCUGUUUUACGGGGAAUUAAAGAAGGCUGUAUUUGGACCCAGUAUAACCUGUGCUUGAACGACAAUUUCUGUAUGGAAUAACAUUUAAAUAAAUUGUUCA